UUGGCUCAUUCAAAACUGUAUUAAAGUUUAAAAGCCCAUACACCUACUUAGAGGACAAUGCUGCUCUAUCUCAUCUUUAACUUCUGUUAUGCAGGUCAACCAUCCACCUUUCCAGCAGGCCCACAUCUUGGAAUUGGUUUUGACACCUCACAAAUGUAGAGCAAUAAAGGUCACCAGCUCUGAGCCAUGGUGGGAACAGGGCUAUUUCAAACAUAUGUUUCUAGAAGAGUACAUCAAUAUUUGGGGAUCAAAAAAUGGCUUGUGGGUAGAAGAAACGUGUGGUACUUGUGAGUAACAAAUGAAGCAUGAUGAUGCCCAGGUUUUACUUCUUUCUGUCCACUAACAAAUCAAAAACCAAAGCCAGCUGUUUGUUUAGACUUUGUUAUUAAUACUAACAAUAACGAUGCUAUCUACCCAGUGGGCCAAGUCAAUUAACAGCUCUAUUCUUCACAUGCCCUUCUUUAAUACCCCAGCUAUAUCCAUAGCAGGCGCAUUUAUCAUGAAUUAUGUGCCCUAUUUAAGGCCUUACUAGGCAAUCAGAAUUUGAUUAAGCUGCACCGCCACAUCAGAAAAAUUCAUCAGUUUGCUGCAAGUUUCAGACAAGAAUCUGGACACGGGCAGCAAAAAUGCCUACUUUUACUCACAAGGAUUUGGAUGCAGCCAAUGGCACGGGAAAGGUUGUGUGUGUGAUGGAUGCAUCUACUUAUGUAGGACUGUGGAUUGUUCAGGGCCUUCUAAACAGGGGAUACACUGUGCAUGCAACUAUUCAGAAUGGAGGUGAAGUUGAAUCUUUAAAGAAAUUAAGUGGAGAGCGGUUGAAGAUCUUGUAUGCUGAUAUGUUGGAUUAUCACAGCAUAGUGGAUGCACUUAGUGGAUGUUCUGGCCUUUUCUACACAUUUGAUUCCGCUGAAUAUGAUGAGAUCAUGGCUGAAAUUGAAGUGAGGGCAGCCCACAAUGUCCUGGAAGCAUGUGCCCAUACUGAAACUAUUGAAAAAGUGGUAUUCACAUCUUCAGUCGCUGCAGUAGUUUGGAGAGAAGAUAGAAAUUCAAUUUCUGACCUCCAUGAAAGGCAUUGGAGCGAUGCAAACCUUUGCAGAAAAUUAAAGCUAUGGUAUGCACUGGGAAAGACACUAUCAGAGAGGACAGCCUGGGCUCUGGCUAUGGACAGAGGCGUAAAUAUGGUGACAAUUAAUGCAGGUCUGGUUAUAGGGCCUGGCUCUGCAUAUGAAAGCUCAGGAUCCACCAUAGCAUAUCUCAAAGGUGCAGCACAAAUGUAUGAGAAUGGACUGUUAGCGAGUGUGGAUGUAAGGUUUGUUGCAGAGGCCCACAUCUGUGCAUUUGAGGAAUCUUCUGCAUUUGGGAGAUACAUCUGCUUCAACCAAAUGGUCAACAAUGCUCAGAAUGCUGACAAGCUUGCAGAGAGUUUAAGAUCACUAGUACCCUUUCCUGACAGAUGUGAAGAUUCAAGCGAGUACCAACAGCGUCUGAGCAAUAAGAAGCUGACUGAACUCAUGCUUGGAAACAACAAAAUGCAGUAAUGGUUGGAAUGGGAAACAACAGAAGCCUAAAAUAAAUGAUAUAUGCAUUUAAUGUACAUUACAAUGGAAUUAAGUGUUAUUGUUGUAUCACAUGUGUUAUGCAUAUGUGCUUUUUUUAAUGUUUUCAUACCAGCUGCAGGAGGUGUAAGCUUUUCUGUGCGCUCAUUACCAGCACGUUAAAUAUAUAUCAUGUGUGUGUGCCUCUGGCGUUUCUGUAAUGUAAUAAUGUAUGUAGUUUGAAUAUAAUUUUUUAAGGAAUA